AUGCUGACCCCGCGCUUCACCCCUCACCGCAUCAGCACCAUCCUCCUGCGCCGGCCGCUCUCCCUCAGCGUCACCCAAGUCAGAGGAUGGCGGGACCACCGCUCGCGAGAUCCGCAGGUCGGAACGACGACGCCCAUCCCCGACGAUACGACCAUCUACACGAGUAAGAGCCCGUGGUACUUUGAAGCCGGAUACGCCGGCUGGGCCAAACGCCCCUCCCGACCCUUUCCUCCUCCCUUCUUCAGUCCGCCCAGCGGCUCCUUUUCCGAUCCUUUGAGUACGCAUCAUAGCUCGUCAUACGGUGGUCGACCGAAAGUCAAUGGAGAGUUGUUACGUGGAAUCACGAAUGGAGACGAUGCAUUACUUGCGAGCGACAAUCUUAUCGCCACAAACGACGGUGUCGGCGCGUGGGCGCAGAAAGAACGGGGCAACGCGCCGCUUUGGAGCAGACUGCUCAUUCACUUCUGGGCCGUGGCUGCGGAGCAGGACGAGUUCGGUGGCCCGGGUGGCUCUCCGGAUCCCGUGCGCUAUCUGGACGAGGCAUACACGAAGACUAAGGAGGUGCUGAGCGAGCCGAACGCGUGGUUGGGAACGACGACGGCAUGCUCGGCAUUGCUGCACUAUACGAAGGAGAGGAAGCCGAUGCUGUAUGUGACGCAGCUCGGCGAUUGCAAAUGUUUGGUCGUCCGACCAACGGACAAGAGCGUGGUGAUGUCGACGGAGGAGCAAUGGCAUUACUUUGAUUGUCCGCGGCAGCUGGGGACGAAUUCGCCGGAUGAGCCGUUGGUCAAUGCAGUGUUGUCCAAACUCGAGAUCAACGAAGGAGAUCUUGUGCUUGUCAUGUCGGACGGGAUGACUGAUAAUCUGUGGGAAGAAGAGAUCGCCGAGGCGGCGGUUGAGGCCCUGCACAGCUGGGAGAGUGACAACCAGCAAGGGCUGAAGCAAGACGACGAUGGCGAUGCGGGUGACUUCGACAAGGGGAUGCGAUUCGUGGCUCAGGAACUCGUGCUUGCGGCGAGGAAGAUUGCGGAGGAUCCGUUCGCGGCAAGUCCGUUCAUGGAGCGGGCGGUGGAAGAAGGGUUGGCCAUUGAAGGCGGCAAAUUGGAUGACAUUUCUGUCGUUGCGGCCGUGUGUAGGCGGAGGAAAGGAUGA